GCUGCUCAAGCAUUUAUUGCUCGAGAUAGUCAGACAGUUCGAACACCCUUUCCACACGCACACUCCCCUCGCCUCUCCUUCCCUUCCAUGUUCCAUCCCUGCUAGCGCCCUGCGUCCCUGGCCUGCUGCUCUGCUCCUCACACAUGUUUUCACAUUGAAGUGCCUGCCUGCCUGCCCCCUCGGCCUCACCGGCACAGUGGUAAACAACUGAUCCAUGUCCGGCUGCUGCUCCGGCCGGUGAUCUGUUGGCUUCGGCGCUGCAAAGGUGUUAAACUUUAAUAGGGUGGAGCCAAACAGGCCCUAAAUCGCAAGAUCACCAGUGUACUCCUCGACCGGGUCAUCUUUGCCUAAUCAUUAGGGCCCCAAAAGCCGCGCUGCGAAGAUCCUGGUGCUUGGUGUGUGUGGUUUUUGUGGUUGGGAGGGAACUCGUCGGAACUCGGGACUGUGGUGGCGUGCGACCGUCGCGGUAGUAAACCUGGGCUUCUUUUCUGCGGGCGGGCGGGCGCCAUGUACGCCGCCCCGUGAUUAUUGCGAGUCGGAGUACCAGUAGACACAGCGUUACUGGUGGUGGUGGUAGCGCUGCGCGGCUGGGGAGGAGGAGGAGGAGGAGGAUCGGCGGCGGAGGAGGGCGGAGAUGAGGAUGAAGACGCUGGCGUGCUGCCGGCGGCGGCCGCAGGACUUCAGCAUCGACAUGGACCAGGAGCCCGACAGGGUGAUGACAUAUAAUGGCCUCGAGACCUGCAUUAUCAAUAGUUCCGCCUAUGACGAUGAUAGUGGCAUUAGUGCAACAACAGGUGGAGAUGGCUGUGUUACCACUGAUUCCCUUGAUGAUGAAGUCUCAAGUUGCUCUAGUAAAGAUGCCUCUGGUUCUUCCUUCUCUUCCCACUGCCUUAGCAAGCAGGAGGAGCAUUUAUUUGAUGAGUUGGGUACACCCGUUGCAGUUCAUCUACUUCCUUUCAAAGGGAAGAAGCCAAUCACAUAUACCUUGAGUGCUUCAGAUAUUGAAAACAUGAAGGAAAAAUUUGCAAAGCUAUUGCUCGGUGAUGAUACUUCAGGAGGAGCUAGGGGCGUUUGCACCGCUCUGGCCUUGUCCAAUGGCAUAAUCAAUCUCUCGGCAACUGUUUUUGGGGAACUUUGGAAGCUGGAACCAUUGUGUGAAGAGAAAAAAAUCAGGUGGAAAAAAGAAAUGGACUGGUUGCUGUCUCCUACAACUUAUAUGGUGGAGCUGGUUCCGACGAAGCAAAGUGGGGCUGAUGGAUGCACAUUUGAGAUUAUGACUCCAAAGGCCCGUUCAGAUGUUCAUGUGAACCUUCCUGCUCUUCAGAAGCUUGAUGCGAUGCUCAUUGAAGUGAUGGACUCAAUGAUAGAUACAGAGUUCUGGUAUGAGGAGAGCGGUAGCAGAGCUGAUGGGCGGGGGAAACUUACUGGUCCAAGGAAGAGUAAAAAGUGGUGGCUCCCAUCUCCUCGUGUCCCUGAGCAAGGGCUAUCUCAAUUUCAGCGAAAAAGGCUUGUUUUUCAGGCUAAGCUUGUUCAUCAGAUCCUCAAAGCUGCAAAAUCCAUCAAUGAACAAGUCCUAUUCCAUAUGCCUAUUCCUGCAGCUGUUAUGGAUGCCCUCCCAAAGUCUGGGAGAGCUAGCUUGGGCGAAGAUUUGUAUCAAGCUAUAACCACGGAGUAUAUUCCUAUAGAGGAAAUCUUUGUUUCUCUCAGUUUGAAAACUGAGCAUAGUGUGCUCGAGACUAUAAACCGGUUGGAGGGUGCAGUGUUUGCUUGGAACCAAAGGAUUUUAGAGGAAAAGAGCAAGAAAUCCCCAGCACGGCAUUCCUGGAACUUCAUAAAGGAUAGUUCGUCAGAACUUGACAAGAUGUCGGUGUGCAUCGAAAGGGUCGACACUCUUGUGCAGCUCCUGAAAUCCAGAUUCCCCAACCUGCCUCCAACCUUUAUAGAUGUUCUAAAGGUCCAGUACAACGUGGACGUGGGGCACGCCAUCGUAGAGGCCUACUCUAGGGCUCUUGUUGGGGUAGCAUUCAGCAUACUGUCCCGGGUGGCGGAGAUACUGCUGGAGGACGACCUGAUCAAGAAGCCCAACACCCCCAUGGCGACGCUCAAGUUCGACCUCUCCUCCGACGUGUACCUUGCGGGCAUCACGGAGACGCCGCCGGGCCACAUCCGGCGGUCCCUCAUGGACCAGAUCAGCAUGGUCGACGGGCGCUUCGACGCCGUCGCCAAGAAGAAAGGGGUGAAGCAGCUGAGGUGGUGAGGACCGAGAGUCGGCUGUUGUGAAUCUUUUGGCGAUGUGUACAGGGUGAUGCAGGGCCCAGUUGUCCGCUCCACAAGGUUUACCUUUACUAAUAGCGUACUGAUGUAAUGUGUUUUGCAACCGAGUUUAUAGCGCACUGUUAAGAGCAGCGUUGGUCGAAUGGAUCCCUGCCCGUCGCGGUCUCCGGGUGUUGCUGUUG